AUGGUGAGGACACGUGCUACCGGGCAAGAUGGACAGCCACCAAUACCAUCAGCUAGGGCCACGAGAGGCCGAGGUCACGGUAGUGGAUCGCGGGAGAGGGUAUCUGGUUCAACUUUUAACGAGGUAGUUGACAUUGCUCGACGGAUAGAGAUGGUCCAUAGCCAGAAGUGUGGAGAGAGAGAGGCCAAGAGACCCCGUGGAUCGGGUGGUUUCAGCGGUGUUCCUUCUGGAGGUCAGUUCUACCAUGGCAGGGGUCGUCUUUAUAGGCACGCUCAGACAGCUCAUCGUGGUACAUCAUCCGGCACGGUUCGUAUAGUGCUCAUCAGGUUACAUGAAACAGUGUAUAUUAAAGAUGAUCUCGAAAAAGUGUUGGCCGGAGCAGCAACGGAGAAUAAGACGGUAAUAAUUACUGUUGUAAAUAAAGCAUACAUAGAGGGAGAUAAACCAAUGCUAGAUCUCUUCUUGGAUGGUUUUUGGGAAGGAGAAGGCACUAGGGAAUUAGUGAACCGCCUUUUGAUCGUUGCAAUGGAUCAAACCUCAUAUGAAAGGUGCAAGUUUAUGCAUCUUCAUUGUUAUAAGCUCGAAACAGAUGGUGUAGAUUUUGGUGGAGAAAAGUUGUUCAUGUCCCAAGAUUUUAUCAAGAUGAUGUGGAGAAGAACCUUGUUCUUAGGUGAUGUUCUUAAGAAAGGUUACAACUUCAUCUUUACGGACACUGAUGUGCUAUGGCUUAGGAAUCCAUUUCCGAACUUGUACUUAAAUCAAACCGUAGACCUUCAAAUCAGUACAGACAAGUUCAACGGAAGCCAGUGGUCUGAAGAAAACCCAAUAAACACAGGUUUCUACAUGAUCAAAUCAAACAGCAAAACCAUAGAAUUGUUGGAUGCUUGGUAUGCUGGAAAAGACAACAUUAAUUCCACAGGAUGGAAAGACCAGGAUGUUUUGAUCAAGUUAAUGAAAGAUGGAAUGUUCAAACAAUUGGAUCUCACUGUUAGGUUUUUGGACACUCUUUAUUUCAGUGGCUUUUGUGAUGAUAGUAAAGAUGUUAACGUUGUUGCAACUGUUCAUGCCAAUUGCUGUCGUAGUAUAAGUGCAAAGUUGGCUGAUCUGACGGCUGUCCUUCACGAUUGGAAAAGAUUUAAGGACUCGGAUGCAAAUCAGACAUCGACGUUUGGAUGGACUCAGCAUGUGAAUUGCUGGGAUUCUUGGAAAAACUGA